CUCAGUGUCUUCGAAUCCUUUAAACCGACCGGACUCGACGGAUGAGUAGUUCCACGUUGUGCGGAUUGAAUUCGUAUAUUCGCGGGCGAUUUUUUAAAUUUUAUUUCAUUCCAUUUCCAAUUCUGUUUUUAUCGCUCGUUUUAGCGUCCGUUUCACUUCACUUUCUUCGUACGCCAAAUCAGACCACCGCAUGAUUCGAUGAUUCACGUGCAUGGUCAACUGCCAGGAUCCAAUUAGUUAACCAUGCGGGUUCCGGUGAUUCCCCUCUUUUUAAUAACGAUCCAGGCAGUCUGGGGUCAGUUGAAUUUCAAUGGUAAUCCCUUGACCGAGGACACGGUUUACACUGCAGAGGAAUCGCAGUUGGCAGAGAAGGCGGCUAAGGGGCGUUCCUUGGAAAUCUCGGAUACGGAGACAGACUCGUAUUUGCUUGCUGCAAAAAGCCUCCAAGCCGAACGGGCCCAGAACAAAUACCAAGCUAACGGUGACAGGUCUCGAAGCCCGGGGCCCCGGCUGUCCUCGAGAAACGAAAUCUCAUCGGCAGUGAGCUCCUCCGUGAACUCCUACAAGACCAUCACGGAUGAAGACCUCCAGUCGCCAGUGGCAGCAGCCGCGUUAUAUCCUGCGGAGAAAACGCAGACCUGGAACCAAGCCUACCCGGAGAAUGCGGAAACCGCGCAUCAGCCGGAGUUGCCCGAACAGUCAAACGCGGCCCUGGCGAUGUUCUUGAACUCGAAAACACCCGAGGAGUCCAAGGUGGCCCUCGAGGAGUACCUGGGUGAGUCCCAAAAGACGAGCGACUCGUCGGCCCCUCAUCAGCCCCACAUAUCGGACAUAGUACUGCCUAAGCGAGAAGACUUGAGCCACGGAAGCGAGCAGGUUAACCUAGUGGGCCAGCCGGAAGUCCAGUACCCUCAGUAUACACAGCUGCCGCAAUAUGCGAAUCCGCAAGUUCAACAAGCCCAAAUGCCCUUUGCGGCGGAUCAAGAGUUCGGCCGUAACGCGAACUGGGUUAAUCGUCCCGUCGAAGUUCUGGUAGGAAAAAGUCCGCCGGUUCUUAGGGGCCCACCGGUCCCCUAUAGAAGGCGGAAUUUCGUCGUUAAGCCGCCGUAUGUGGGCGGCAUUUAUCGCGCCCAGUCCAGGGUGGGGCCCCCAGGAUUUCCGCCCGGAGGCUACGGCCACGGAGCUCCGGAAAUAAUUUACACCAAGCCACCCGGCUACCAUAAGCGGUAUUACCCCAAGGCUCCGAAUCCGUACGAAGACGCAAGCGCUUGGUUUCCGGACGCCAAUCAUCCUCCGCCGGAUCUUAACGUUUAUCACUCCCAGUUAUAUGCGCAGUCCUACGAUCCGUACUACUACAACUACAUUGCCAAGUACGGAAAGAUCAAGCCACAUCUAUACGGAAAGUUUCACGAACACCAGAAGGAAAGCUUCUUCUCCGAAUUGUUCAGAAGCUUCAAAAAACAUGGGAUGAAACACGUUAUGCAUCCCAUGUUUCUUCUCGGGCUUGGCAUACCAAUGGUCACUCUGAUGCUUUCCGCACUCGUCGGCAAACGGUCGUUCGCUCGCUCGAUUUCCGUCGACACCAACGGUGGCCGCAUCACUGACGAAGACAUCGACGAGUGGAUUGACAAACUUCGUAAAGCUCUUGAAUGCUACUCGGGAUCAGCGUCCGAAACUGAGAAGAAGACUGCGUGCUCGGUCUUCGAAUAGUGAGAUUCCGAUUGUUGUGUGUUCUUGGUCGUGUACAGACGGUACAGCAAGCAUUGUAUGUAUGUACGUACAUAGAUGGAUCAAUCGACGCUCGAAAUCGGCUGAAAAGUGACCCAACCUCGCAUCAAUUUAUACGUAUUCAAUUGACUGAAGAGAAGCGUUGGUCUUGAACAAGGCAAACGCAUAGGAACCGGAAAAUACUUACUAUAAUCACGUGUAGGAGUAUAGGAGUCUCUGUUCAUGUAUUGUUCCUUGGUUUCUUUCUGUUAAUGAUUUGUUAGAAACAGAAGAUGGACAACCGAAUGACGAAACCAUUAAUCUUGUCGCGUUUGAAUUUUUCGAUAGUUUACCUUCGAUUGUUGUAGAACCGUUCAAACGACGGCAAAUUUAUUUCAUCUUCUGUACGGGA